UAUGGAUUUUGGAGAGUUUUUGAUGUUUUGGGAAUUGGGAAGUUGCAUUGAUUAAUUUUAAUUUAUUACAUAUUAAAAUAUUCAUUUCAUGGUUAAAAUAACGAUGUAGGUCUACGUUGCAUUUGGUACUUUAAUCCUAAAAUGUUGUGUACUUAAAUAUAUUUGUCGUAUUGCAAUCCAUCUCAAAAGUGUUAUCAAAUAUCAUCAACAUGGGCACGAACGGUUUUGAUAGCUCUUUCAUGGCGAAGUAUUCAGCUUACAGCCCCUACAGGUUGAUACAGCGUGAGACUGGGUUCGAUGACCCAGUGGGAGCGGGCGAUGCGAUGGCUCGGAGUCUUUACCGUGCUAUGAAGCCACUGGCAUCCUGGGACUGUGAAAUAGGAAACACACCUCCAAUCGGUGGCGUUUUCAACCUUGAAUUUUCUCCGGAAGGAUCUCUUUUAGUGGCAGCCUGUGAGAAGAAAUCGAUACAAAUAUUUGACCCCCUUACUCAUAAAAGGAUUCACUCUGUUACUGAUGCACAUUCUGACUGUGUUAAUUGUGUCAAAUUUCUGGAUGGAAGAAUGUUUGCAACUUGCUCAGAUGACACUACUAUAGCAUUAUGGGAUGUUAGAAACUUAAAGAAAAAAAUUCGCUCCCUCCUAGGCCAUUCCAACUGGGUGAAGAAUAUAGAAUUUUCCGUCAAAGACAAACUUCUAGUCACGUCUGGACUGGACGGCAGCAUUUAUACCUGGGAUAUCAAUUCCUAUACAGAAUUCAACCUAGUGUACCAAAGAGUGUUUCAUGCGUCUGGUCUGAUGCGGUGUAGAUUGUCCCCCGAUGCCAGGCAGAUGGUGAUGUGUACGACUGGUGGUUUGCUGGUCAUCAUACAUGACUUGAACUUAUCUACUUUGGCAAAGGAUUUACAUGGAUUUAAGCCAAAUCUGUAUAGGCUGAUGCAAAUGAGCGAGCAGGUGAUCCCGAUAGCAGCUAUGUAUGACCACCUGUUUGACCUCAAGCGCACGGAGAACAGGGUCGAGUUCGUAUCGGACUUUCCUGAUGGCAAUGACGCCGAGGUCGUCAGCGCCUUACAGAUCCAUCCGCAAGGCUGGUGUGCAUUGAGCAGGAACAUAAGCCAUGACGAUCGAUCAGAGUGGUCCUGCAUUCACGACAUUCAGCCAAGCGAGACAGUUUCAGAGAAGAGCUGUCGAGACACUUCCUCCCCCCCGCCGCCGCGUGUCCCCGCCCCGCGCAGACCCGCGCGCCGCACUCGUUCCACCCCAUACCGCCGGCCCCGCCCCAUGGCGAUGUACAGACCCGCGGGCGAACAGUCGCCUUCUGAAAGCCCGAGUCGAUCACGCGAAGAGCCAGAACCGGAGCCCGAGGCCGGUCCGAGCGCACCGCGCCCCGACGCGCCGCGAGCUGACGCGCCGCCCGCCAGACUCGUGCCGGGUCUGUCGAGCAUACAGAAUGACGUAUGGGAAGCCUCUAUUACAAUCAAACAACAGAGAAUGCUGCAAGAGAUGUAUAGCAGGGGGCAGGUGGGGCGCAACUUCAACAUGCAGCGCAUCAUGGGCAUCAACACCGGCAUCACGCCGCCCGGCGUGCUGCGCGCGCGCCACCUGCACACGGCGCCCACGCGCCUCUUCCCUCGCGUCCAUACCUCGCCCGCGCCGUCCUCCUCCGCGCCUGACGCCGCCGCCUCCUCGUCUAGCUCGGCGAGCUCGUCCUCCUCCAGUGACAGCACACUGCCAUCGACCUCGGGGCAGACGCCGCGGAGCUCGGGGCAGACGCCGCGGCGCGAGAGCACCAGCUCGUGCGACGACGACCCGCCCGAGGCGCGCCACUACAUACGACAGAACCGCGACAGGCUGCUCUACUACAUAGAGGAGACCAACCUGGGCAAGGGAUUCAUAAAGGAACUAUGCUUUUCGGCGGACGGGCGUCUAGUGUGCUCGCCAUUCGGACGCGGCAUGCGUCUCUUAGCUCUCAAUGAUAACUGCGCAGAGUUGUCGCACUGCGUACAAGAACUCAACGGACCCACGCAGAUGGUGGACGUCGGAAAGAGCCUCUUCAUCCACCAGGACCUGGUCGUCAGCUCCAAGUUCAGUCCCAGACAUCACCUCCUCGUCACGGGAUGCCUCGAAGGCAAAGUGGUCUGGUAUGAUCCUUACAGUGGGCCUUCGGUGUACUAGAACUAGAUACUUAAUAAAUUCACUACUCAUUAUACUCUUUUCUCCCUCGACCCCGGAUACUGAAACAGCUCUUAAAUAUUUAAAUUGUUAUUUUGUCCAAAUGGCGACUUGGGCUUAAGAAAUAUUGAUGCAGUCGAAGCGACACAAUGCGUUGUAACAAAGUGAUUAAAUUGCAAAGUAUAUUGCACUUUUAUCACUGCUAUGUAAUAUGUAGAUAUAUUUUGUGCAGUGGAGAUAAUUCACUGAGACCAUAGUGGAGAUAAAGUACAAUAUUGCUGGAUGAACGAAACGUCGUGUAAACACCUGCAAGUCCUCGAAAGAAAUCGAUUGGCGUGAAGCAGAGCUAGACAAGCAUGAGUAGCCGCUUCAAGUGUCGGAAGCCAAGAUCGCGCUGAGCUGACCAAGGAAGUUUUGGAAUUUGAACAUUUUGGAAAAGACACGUUGCUUCGCUUCUACUCUGCAGUCUGCACCAAUAUGUCCUGAGCCAUAAUAUUUAAGAGGAGCAACUCUAUCGCGUUCCCCAGCGCUUACGAUAAGUGCAGUUUGGUUCUCACUUAAUAUUAACCAAUCGAAUGAAAUUUUGUAGACACGUUUUGAAAAGAAAUGUUUGUGUCCAGAUUUCUGUAAAAAAUGUCUAGUUUCAAAGUUACAGCGGCUCAAAGAUUUGUAUGUAAAUCUUUGAGCUAACUUUUGCCGUGUGGAUUCAAAUGAGACCCAAAUUACGAGCGCGCUAGAGUUCUCUAAAGAUGUUUCAGUAUACGGUCGUCAUUUCAUCCUAGGUUAGGGUUGCCAAUUCCAUGUUUUGAAAAACAGGAUCAUAGUUUUAUGUUUCAUUCAAUUACCUAAGAUCGUUUAAGAAACGGAUAUUUAGAAUAUCAAUGUUUUAUAUUCUUUCGAGUUCCUAGAAUGAAUAAGAAUAAUUUGCUAUACUUAAUUUGCUCAGGAUAGAAUGGAAGAAAAUUGACAAUCUAUACCUAAUGUUGUGUUCAUACUUAGUAUAUUAUUUUGUUGAAUGACCUGACUUAUACACUUACUAAAAAAAAUAAGCGUCCACCGCGAAAAUUCACCACGCGAUUUUUCUGCAGAAUCCUGUGAGAUGGAAAUUGUAUUUUUGCCGCGAGUGUGUGUGCAUUUUUAUUCAUACAAUUUCCAUAUUUUCGCGAUGUUUGCUUAAUUUUAGACAACCUACAGAAUCCAUAUUGAUAAAUAUCGUAUCGCACGCUUAAUAGGCCUAUAGUGACCGAAUUCAAAGUUCAAUUUUUUUUACAAAUCGCAAAAAAAAUGUUGCUAAAUUAGGGCUUCGCUGUUUAUUUGGACAUAAUGUCACAAGAUGUUAAUUUAUACAUAAUAUAAGGUUGCCAUCUUACGACAUUUAUAAACUAGGACAAGAGCUCGAAAACCCCGGAUUUUUGAGCCUUAAAACCGCACAAAUAACUGUCUUUUCUUUUGUACCACACAAAUUAAAAGAAAAAUUGAAAUAUCAGUAACAAUCUCAUUAAAAAAAAUGAUGGAAAAAAACCAGGAUGGGUGGCCACCCUAUUUGUAUAGUGUGCGCUAAAUAAGUAGUCCAACCAGAAAACCAAAUAUGAUGAUUGUGUAUGUAGUUAUUGUAUAAAAGCAGAUCUUAGGCACUUUAGACUCAUUUUAAAUUAGGUCUCUUCAAUAUUAAGCGUGCGGUGCCUAUGCUAUUUAUCAAAAUACCUAUUAUCAGGGAUGUGCACGAAUGCCAUAUUAUGUGAGUGAUGUAUUUGGUAUGAAAGAUAUCAUUGGCUCAACUUACCUCGGCUGUAAAGGCAGCUGUUACUGUGUAAAUAAAACUUAGCUUUGAUAAUCUGACGAUUCAACAGCAUGAUACACGCCAACAUAUUAUGAAUGUUACAUAAUAUAAAAUAUGUAUGUUAUAAGAUAUACCUAUCUCAUGAAAAGUUUUACCUACAAUCAAUUAUCUAUUUUAAAAACCUUUAGUGUACCCUAUAUGUAUAUACAGUAUAUCUAACGCAUGUCUCCAACAGUAUUCUUAUUUUUUGUCUAUUUAACUAAAUCGACAGGUCUAUGUAAAAAGUAUUGCACUACCACAGUGUUAAUACAUACAAUGUGACGAGGGCCACGAUGUUUGCUGACGGGACUUUAUGGUCAUAGCACCAUCAUCAUAUAGUACCCGAACGACUGCUCCACUAAGUACUUACGAAGCAAAAUAAUAAAAUUGAAGUUUGUUCCGCCAGUCUGUAUAAUCUUUCACCUCUUUUGCUCGUUACUCUGCAGGAUUUUUCAGUCUAGAUGUUUGCGUAUAUGAAGUAUAUUUUUAGGCUGUGGUCCAACUUUUAGGCCUUGUUAAUUUAGUUAAGUUUUGUUCUACUGAAUCAGCACCAUCUAUCUUGCUGUGUAAGUCUCUGUAGUAUAUGUGAGUAGAAUUAGAGGUACACUUAGCUAGGUGUUAUAUUUUAAAUUGUAUACUAGGACGGAUUUUUGACCGCCAAAUUUUUAAGGGACUUGAUAUACGCGUGUAGGACACUGAACACAAAAUUUAUGGCGUUCUAUUGAACAUGGUUUCGUUCCAUGGAGCGACAUACAUUUUGUCUUCACAGCGUCCCGUCCACGCGCCUGGGGCGCGUGCUUUAUCAAGUCGCAUAAUGACAAAUUUUAUAACUUUCGCAUUUUAAUUUUCCUAUACGACUGUCCAAACGUCUUACUUUGGCCUUAAUAAAAGCAGAAUUAUAAAAUUUUCUUAUCUGUUAUCUAUUUAGAAUCAUGACUGUUCCGUGUGUAGUAAACGUUCAACCAUUUUCUCAUAAAAUGUCGCAUAAAGUGUCGCAGUCGUUUAUGAGUUUGCGUGUACCUUUGUAGCGCAUUUUCUGUUAUAAGUAGAUCUAACUGAUAUGUUCCUAUGUGACGUUUUAUCGGUCUUACUCUGCGAAACCGUUAUCUCUUUCUUAAGUUUGACGUUCAAUCUUUUCCGCCGGGUAUCAGAGUGCUCGGCAAACAACUUGAACACUGUCGUGAAUGGCGGGUGCACGCGAUUGGUUGAUCAAUCGGCGCGUGUGCACGCCAUUGGUUAAUAAGUUUAGCCUUGCUUCAUGUAUUCGCCAACUUUCCACCACUAUCUUCAAAUUAUAUGCCGACUACAAUGUAUGAGUAAUGAAGCCGAAAUCUCUUACUUAAGUUCAAUGUGCAAUCUUUCCUUCUGGGUAUUGUACUACGCGUCAUGAAUGUUGAAACUGCAAAGUUAAAAUGUGUGUCAAUAAAGACACACACACACAAUUAUGUUGUGGCCCACUUGUUUAAUUUAUUAUGUGAAUCUGACAAUUUUUACUCUCAAAACUAACAUUAAAAUCUAAUAUCCUUUUUAAAACAAGAAUGAAUAGGCAUCUUCUAGACAAGCGCGCUCCAUCUUAGGCUACAUAAUCACUUCUAAAUUGCCAGCAGGUCUGAUUACAGCUAAGCGCUAGUCCAUUUUUUUGUUAAAAAGUUGAGUCUGUUCUGGCGCGCUUCGAUUGGUCAAUUUUCGUGCCAGACAUGUUGCCACCAAAACACAAUAAUGUUGCAAUUUCAUCCCAUACAGGCCAUAGUUGUUUAGUCUCCUAUUCCAACUUUCAUGACGCGUAUUGUAACCAAAUUUUCGACACAUUGUAGCAUUUUUAUAAACCAUAUUUAUAUUUAAGUAGGUAGACAUAAAAUAAAACCACUACUAAACACGAUAAAAUGUAUUUAACAGGCAUACAAUCUAUAAUGAUUCUUAAAAUUCCAUGUACAAAAUUGACUAUACAUAAACUAUUCAAAGAUUAAAGUGUUAAACUAUGA